GAAACAACAUUGAUUUUAUUCCUGCCCAUGCAUCUCAUGUCGCCAAUUGCUCAACAUGGCUGCUGAGGUUCAGCCACUCGCUCAGGUCAAGCUACCUGCGCGGCCUUCAUCACUCACUCCGGAGCAGUCAUAUUGGCGCACCUUUAGGUCACCAGUGAACGUCCCAUCACCUACCAAGCAUGCGGUAACCCACAUCUCGCAGCCACAGCCAGUAUCGGCUGGACAGACCCCUGCCGACUUCUUUGUCGUCACCACUGGCGCUCGAGUUCAAUUGUUCUCCCAGAAGACACGAAAACUCCUCAAGACCAUCACUCGGUUCGACGAUACAGCCUACGGCGGCGAAGCGCGGUACGAUGGACGAGUACUUGCCGCAGGAGACGAGACAGGCGCCAUUCAAGUGUUUGACGUGAACUCCAGAGCCAUCCUGAAGACAUGGAAAGAGCAGAAACAGCCGGUUCACAGCGUCAAGUGGAAUCCCAGAGAUAGCACUUCUCUUAUGAGUUGUGGCGAUGAUAGGACGGUCAGACUAUGGGACCUCCCAAGCGAAACCAGCGUCGAGACCUUCCGUGGUCACCACGACUACGUUAGAACAGGCGCGUUCCUCCCUGGUCAAUCCAGCAACCUACUUGUCUCAGGCAGUUAUGAUCAGACCGUUCGACUCUGGGAUCCUCGCACACCGAAUGGGUCGGUCAUGACAUUCAAACAUAUCGCUUCGGUUGAAGACGUUCUCUGCAUGCCAUCUGGCACAGCCAUUCUGGCUGCAGCUGAGAGUCAGAUCGCGGUAUUGGACAUUGUCGCAGGCAGACCCUUACACAUGAUGAAGAACCACCAAAAGACAGUGACAUCCUUAUGCCUGGCUUCAAAUGAUACGAGAGUUGUGAGCGGAGCACUUGAUGGGCAUAUGAAAGUCUUCGAGACUACUGGGUGGAAUGUCGUCGCCGGCUCAAAAUAUCCUUCCCCCAUUCUGUCGUUGGCUGUCAUUGCCUCUGGGAAUCCCCGAGAAGACAAGCACGUCGUGGUGGGUAUGUCUACAGGACAGCUGAGCAUCAAAACCCGGUUGUCCGGCGAGCAGAAGGUCAAAGAGCGGGAAAGGCAGAAACAGAUGGAAGCCUUGAUUGCUGGCACGAUCGAAGAGUACGACAAGAAGCAGGCCAAGAAGCGACCCCGAGGGCUAGAGAGACGUCUGAGAGGCCGAGAAUAUGCCGGUGAAGAUGCCGACAUCAUCGUCGAAGGAAACGUGCGAGGAAAGCAGAAAAAGCUGGCUCCUUGGGAGAAGGAAUUGCACAAGGGAAGAUAUCGUGCAGCCUUGGAUAUCGCAGUUCAAUCCGCAGACAAGAUUACCAUCGUCACUCUCCUCAACACCCUUCGAUACCGGUCAGCGCUGCGUGCUGCUCUCGAUGACCGAUCCGAGAAUGAACUCCAACCCAUUAUGAGCUGGGUCUGGAGAAACAUCACAAAUACCAGUUUCGUGCCUUUGUGCGUGGAAGUAUCAAUGAACCUCAUGGAUUUGUACUCCAGACAUCUGGCCGAGAGUGAAACGCUUGCCAGACAGGUCAAGAAGCUGCGCGAAAGAGUGCAGGAAGAAGUGCAACGGGCGCAGCAGGCCGGAAUGACCAAGGGAAUGCUGGAACUUUUGACUCCUGAAUUGGCCGUCUGAUAGGACAACCCAGAUGCCGUCAAGCAGGAGUUGUGAUGGGAUUUCUCACUUGGUACGGAGCAAUGGGCAGUCAAUCUCGCCGAUUGAGCAGUUGCCCAUGUCAAUCUGGUUCGGUACCUUGACAGAAGAGUCUGGAGCAUGCAUUCAUACCAAAGCCAGCAAUGCAAGUCUGGUCGCAGAAUCGAACGAAUGAUACGCGCGACACAAUCACAGCCCGGUCACGACAACGGAGAGAUCACCGUCAACCUCCAACUGGCCCCAACACAAAUUCUCGGAUUUCUGGAUAAUCAUCCGGAUAGAUGUCUUGAAAUGUACAGACACUUUGGUCAUGGACCUCUCGGGACCAAUUAUUCCAAGGCGGGUCGAGUACUGUUUGCGGCAAAGCCACAUCAUCGUGAUCACGCAAAAACCACAAAAUAUGAGGGGUUCCUGAUAACGUCAAACAUAAAUU